AUCCUCCACAAACAACAGAAACCAUCUAAAUCCUGCUCUGAUGGAUCUGGUGCGGCUGGCUGGUGCAGGCAGACUGGAAUGAUCCCAGUUCAGGAUGGAAACAUCUGGAAACAGUGAAGCGACAGGGAGACAAUAAAUAAAGGACAACCCAGACAAAAGGACAAAGACUCAAAAAACAUCAAAUCAGCUGCAUGUGUUUGGUUGGGUCCGUCCUCCCGGCUGACAGAGGGUCAUUGAACGCAUCGCAGAGGAGGAAAACCCAACCUCUGACAGCGGGACGUCCAACCUGCACGUUUCUCCUCCUCGCCUGGAGGAACUCACAGUUCAGGAGCAAUAAAUAGAAAUGACUCGGGCUCGAAGCAACGAGUCAUCCUUCUUUCUUCUGCUGUCAGAAAAUAACUCUGGUCUUCGAUCUGAAUCAGGAGGAGGAUCUUGAUGGUUUUUCACAUUCAGAUUCUUACGUCGCUUCUUUUUAAUAAACAAUAAGAGACAAAAAAAAUAAACACCCAUAACACCUAGAUGAGGCCUACAAGCGGCAGCAUGCUGCAGCAGAAUAACAACAACAACUACCCCUGCCUCAACAAGUCCCACCCCGCCCAGGACAUCCUGCAGAAAUGCUCCAGAACCUCCCUGCUGCUGGGAGACCUGCCCCUGGUCCGAGGUCUCAGGGCCUGGGCUCUGUGCUCCAAGAACCGCAGCAGGGCCGGCGGUCUGCUGGGGGGAGGCAAAGCCCCCACGGCCCCCCCGCUGGCCCGGAGGAGCUCCACGUCCUGCCCCAGGCCCGCGGACGUGUACCUGAGCGGGGAGCUGGGUCGCAUGGGGUACGGGCUGCCCCUGGGUCUGGAUACCAGGGCCCUGGUCACGGUGGCCACCCUGAAGCCCUCCGAGGGCAACGGGAAGACCCAGACCCAGUGUCUCUUCCUGCGGACCCAGAAGGGCAGUUGCUUGUACUCCACAGCUAAGCCCAGUCCCGGCGGGACCACCGGCACAGCCUCCGGCAGGGUGGGAGAGUGGCUGAAAGGGAAGACCGGAGGGGGGGCGGAGUCCCCACCCACGCAGGACGGAGCAAACCGGGUCAGGGUGCGAUCGGGCCGGAGGUGGAGGAAGUCCGGUAACGUAGCAACGGGCCAGGAGAAAAGAGAGCGGCCGGCGGAGGACCGGCAGGAAGAGCGAGACAAAGGUCCGGACGGUAGGAGGUCCUCCAGCAGGACCAGCAGCGCUUCCCCCAAAACCUGCAGGAGGCCGCAGAGGAGGAAGAGUCAGGAUGAAGAGGAGGGUCUGGAAAAACCCAACGUAUUGAGCCGGGACAGACAGGAACCGAACCCUGACCCAGAAUCUGACCAAGUCUCCAGCAGCAGGGAUACUGAGGAAGAUGGAGAACUGAGCGAAGAACCUCAGAUCCAGGAGGACUUUACAGAAACUGAAGAGGACCACCUUGAGACCCAACAGGACUGGAAACCAGGACACGGCUUCUGUCAGGACGACGAAGAACCAGAGACUCAGAUGGAGUCCGUCAGCUCUGCAGACUCACUCAGACCACAAGAGUCCUCCGCUCCUGUAGGGGGCAGAGUCUGCAGUCCUGAUCUGGAACUGGAUUCGAGCAGCGGUCCAGAACCUGUGACCCGGGACUCCAGCAAAACCAGAAACGGUUCAGUUUCUUGGGGAAAAGAAGCCAGGACCAGUCUGCUGGAGGAGGAGAGGCGGACUGUGGAGGGAGGGGCCGGGACCACCAGCAUGGGCUUGGGUGGUGCUGAAGCUGAGGAGGAGGAGGAGGAGGAGGGUUACAGGAGGAACACAGACCAGGACGUCUCCGUCGAAGCAAACACCUGCGUCUUUAAUCCCGGAGCCCCCUUUAGCCCCGCCCCCUCUCUGCCCCCCCUGGCAUCCAUGGCAACUGGCCUGCCAAUUCUGGAGGCAGAGGAGGAGGAGGAGCACGAGGCAGAACGAGGAGACGAGAGAAGGAGCCGAGGUGAGGAGCUGGAGGAGAGGGUCUCCACCGUGGCCCCUGAGGAGGGGACAAAGGAGGAGGAUGAGUUCGGAGUGUUCAUGCAGGCGGAGGGGGAGUCGGCCCGGAGCGAGGGGGUUAACGGGUCAGCCUCGGUGCCUUGUGGGAGCAGAGGGGGGGUCGAACCUGGAGACCAUGCCGUCUCUGAUUGGACAGACGUUUCGCUCCACCAAUCAGACGACACCUGGGCCGCCUUUCCUCAGGACCCUCAGGGUUCAGGUGGAAACGUUGUGGAGCAGUGGUGGCCCAACAGCGCCGUGGAGGCGGCGGGAAACCAGCUCUGGACCACUCACAGCCCGGCGUCUGUCUUCGCCGAAGCCUUCCCCUCGCCUCCCGCUGCGUCACCGGGUGACCCCUGUGACCUCGACGCCAUUCCCACUCUGACGCAGCUCCUCGGGGGUCGAGCCGGCCAGGAUCAGAGGCUCCUGAAUCACUUCCAUGACUUGAACAAAAUGAUCGGCCGCAGCUACAAGAGAGCCAGCAGGACGUCUCGUGACCUUCUGCUGAAGACUUUCCAUCUGCAGCAGCCGCUCGUGGAAAGCAGACCUGCUUCAUGGACGACGAACCGUCAUCUCUCCCCCGGCCUCCCCUCGGCCAAUCAGAACGCUCACCACGCUGCCGCCAAGCGCCGCCUGUCGUAUGAUCACAACAGGAAUGUCGUGGAGUGACUCUCUGGCUUCACGAUGGACUUCUCCACACUUUGCACACUUCAUGGUUCAUUCAAGCUGAGCUGAAUCUCUUUCAGACGACUUGAUUGUUUUUUUUCUCCUCACGUUUGGACCUGAACCCUCACACACGUGUCAGAGCAUGAAGAAUCGUCUCGCCGCCAUGUCGAAGGAACUUUCCUUCUUGUUAACUUUAGUUCCACAUCUUUGUGCUGUAAAAACUUUAUUAGCAAAAAAUAUUUUCUUGCAAUGAUUUAACUUAAUGGGUAGAAAUGAAAAACACAAUUCUGCACAUAUUUAAGUUUUUUUUUUAGUUUUUGAAGUUCAGCACGCCUUCUGACUCGCUGAUCUUCAUCUCUGUUGUUCCUCACAUUGUUUUGAUCUCCCGUCUUAGUGUUUCACCUGCAAAAUAAAACAACUCUUGAUGUAAAACUUAUAAAACACAAUUUAAAUAUUUACAAAUCCCUUCACUGUAACUCCUCCCAUCUUUGUUUUCUUUGAUCUGAAGCAUCAUCAGAUAAUUUAACAUAAUCCUACUCAGAUUAGCAUGCCUCCUCCAUCAUCAAAUUAACCUCCAGCCACUAAAUAAAGUGGUUGUAACCUUGUGUCAUCGAUUCUAAAUGGGUCACGUAUCGUCUGAUAAAUAAGAGUGGACCCAGGGUUGCCAGAUAAAUAAAAACGUUUUUUGAAUGAAUAGUAAUGCCAAAACUGUCGUAAAUUUUUGUUUGAGAGCCACUGAUUUAAACCAGCAGUUCUCAAUUUUUUAAGUUUCUGAUCCACAAAAUAAAAGUUGAAAAAAAUUGGUGACCCCAGCUCGUAAACAAACAGCAGUAAUUAGUCCUUAUCUUGUUUUUUCUCUCUGUAACUCUUGAGGUGGUGGGGGGUGGUAUUAUGUCAUUCCCUCACCAAAAUAUCCAGUGUUUCUUUGACUCAUUCAUGCAUGUUGGAGCAAUCCUUGAAUCUCCUGUGGCAGCCAUGGGGAGCUGCUUAAACACUUGCUGAUACAAAGCUCCGCCUAUUUACACAAAUCUCUUACCUGGGAGUUCAGUCUGCAGUCGAGCACCAGCCCCACAGAGCACCCCUUCCUCUGAAGCACUGUUUGAAACAUGCUGAAGUGGGAGUGUCAGAAAUGGUAGGACGUUCUUAAAGAGAUAGAGGCCAAUUUCAAGGCAUUUAGAUGCAAAGUCAAAUUUAUUUUUGAUAUAAAAAGCUUUUUCAUAAGAACUGAAGGUUACAAAGUGACUUGAGUGUGGUAUAGAAUUGAACAACGAGUCUAAAUAAUACCCCGCCACGCACACACACACACACACACACACGCACACACACACACAGGUUAAACAUGCUUUUGGCAAUUGUUUCCAUUGUCAAUUAGAUUCCUGCAGUUUUUCUCAGGACCCCUAACUUGGACUUUCACGACCCACAUGGGGUCCUGACCCCAGCUUUUGUGAACCAUUAGUUUAUUUUCAGAGAAAACUAAAGUGUUUCAUGAUUAAUGUCUUUUGUCUGUUUCAUUUGUAAACAUACAAUAAAAUCAUUCACUUUUUUAA